CAACAAGUGUAACCAGUGCCACCCGUGCAUGGCGGCGCAGGUGCCCACGCUGCCGAGUCACGGCCGAGCUCGGCCCGGUGGGGCAGCCCGAGUCUUGCCCGUUGACUACUUUGACCUGCCCAGCAACACCACAAAGAAGGAUUUUGAUCUCAAUCUUGGCGAGGGGAGUGUAGAGCAUGUCGAGGAUAUGGGCGAAGUUGGUGGGGAUGUUGAGCAACAGGAGUUUUGUAGGAGUCGAUAAAACAGGGAAUCGAUACUUUACCAGAAGGGAGGAGAUUGAUGGUUUCAUGAAAGAGAAACGAUUGGUGGUAUUUAAAGGGGAGCAUGAUCCAACCUCCAUCCCAGUUGAAUGGAUAUGCUGGUUGAAUGGACAACGGAAAAAUGCUCCUACUUCUGAGGAGAUGGCUGAGCUGGAGGCUAGAAGGGAGCUUCUUAAACUUAAUGUUGCUCGUUUGAAGGAGGAAGAGGAAAGGCUAGCCAAGGAGGGGAAGUUCAAGACAACAAGAGUUAGUAAACUUGCUGGUCCAGACUUAAAAAGUUAUACCAGGCAAUUCGCAGAUGCCUAUGCAGGUGAGGCAGCUACAGAACCAUCUAAUGCAGAGGAUGAAACCAAAUCUUCAGAGCCAUCUGGAUUGGGAGAAUCGUUUAGACCAGGAACAUGGCAACCUCCUGUAUGAGUUUGUACUAAAUGGAAAUGUCUUGGUGUUAUUGGUUUGAAAAUGUAACGUAUAAUUUAUUUCCGCGUGAAGAGAUACAUAUAUUUGGAGUACUUUUGGAUCUAUACAUGUUCUCAUUCCCUUAGCUUAACAAAACAAUACGUUUGUU